GACUGGAGGGGUCCCCCAGGGUUGGGGGGUGAUACGAACACCGACAGCAGCACCCUGCAGAGCUCCCCGGUAGCGGUACCCGCGUUCCCUCACCCCCGCCCUGUUUCCCCGCAGCGCUGCCGAGACGCCGCCGAAGUCGCUCCGUCGGGACCGGGAGUGGCGGUGGGUGCCGUCCGCCGGCGUUUCUCCGGGAGCCCGUUAUUGCCACCGUUGGGCUGCCGGUUGGCAGAGGCAGCCCGGUGUCCCGAACCCGAGGGCUCUCGGGUGGUCUUCACCAUCGAGGAGAGUGGCCCCAGCAGCGGCGACGAGUCCGAGACCCCCCGCUUUGACCUGGAGAAUGGCCCCCCCGGCCGGGGGGUGCUGGACCCCCAGGCCAGCCCGGGUGCGGGGCUGGUCCUGCAGGGCAGCUUCACCCAUGGCCAGCGCCGCGAGUCCUUCCUCUACCGCUCCGACAGCGACUACGACCUGUCCCCAAAAGCCAUGUCCCGCAACUCCUCCAUCGCCAGUGACCUGCACGGGGAGGACAUGAUCGUGACGCCGUUUGCACAGGUCCUGGCCAGCCUUCGCACCGUCCGGAGCAACCUGACCCACCUGCAGGAUCGCACUGGCAUCAAGCGAGCAUCGAGCAGCAGUUUGCCCUCCGGGAGCAAGGCUGCACCCAGCGCAGAAGAUGCCCACCAGAAGCUCUCGCGGGAGACUCUGGAGGAGCUGGACUGGUGCCUGGACCAGCUGGAGACACUGCAGACCAGGCACUCGGUCAGCGAGAUGGCCUCCAACAAGUUCAGGCGGAUGCUGAGCCGGGAGCUGUCUCACCUCUCCGAGACCAGCCGCUCGGGGAACCAAGUCUCUGAGUACAUCUCCAGGACCUUCCUGGACAAGCAGCACGAAGUGGAGAUCCCCUCGGGGCUGGCCAAGGACAAGGAGAAGGAGCGGCGGAAGCGUCCCAUGUCCCAGAUCAGCGGCGUCCGGAAGCUCACCCACGGCUCCAGCCUCAGCGCCGCCGGCAUCCCCCGCUUCGGGGUGCAGACGGACCGGGAGGGGCUGCUGGCCAAGGUGGGCCCCCGUGGGGGUGACCCAGCUGGCCAUGGGGUCCUGAGCUGGCCCUGCACGGACCUGUGUCCCUCUGGUCCCCAGGAGCUGGAGGACACCAACAAGUGGGGGCUCAACGUGUUCAAGGUGGCCGAGUACUCAGGCAACCGCCCGCUGACGGUCCUCAUGUACAGCAUCUUCCAGGAGCGCGACCUGAUGAAGACCUUCCGCAUCCCUGCCAACACCUUCCUCACCUACAUGCUGACGCUGGAGGAUCACUACCACCCCGACGUCGCCUACCACAACAGCAUCCACGCUGCCGACGUGGCGCAGUCCACCCACGUCCUGCUCUCCACACCGGCGCUGGAGGCUGUCUUCACAGACCUGGAGAUCAUGGCUGCCAUCUUCGCCAGUGCCAUCCAUGACGUUGACCACCCCGGGGUCUCCAACCAGUUCCUCAUCAACACCAACUCGGAGCUGGCACUGAUGUACAACGAUGCCUCGGUGCUGGAGAACCACCACCUGGCUGUGGGCUUCAAGCUUCUCCAGGAGGAGAACUGCGACAUCUUCCAGAACCUGAGCAAGAAGCAGAGGCAGUCGCUGCGCAAGAUGGUCAUUGACAUGGUGCUGGCCACGGACAUGUCCAAGCACAUGAACCUGCUGGCGGAUUUGAAGACCAUGGUGGAGACCAAGAAGGUGACCAACCUGGGGGUGCUGCUGCUGGACAACUACUCCGACCGGAUCCAGGUCCUGCAGAACAUGGUGCACUGUGCUGACCUCAGCAACCCCACCAAGCCCCUGGAGCUGUACCGGCAGUGGACAGACCGCAUCAUGGUGGAGUUCUUCGGGCAGGGCGACCGGGAGCGGGAGAGGGGCAUGGAGAUCAGCCCCAUGUGUGACAAGCACACAGCCUCGGUGGAGAAGUCCCAGGUGGGAUUCAUCGACUUCAUCGCCCACCCGUUGUGGGAGACGUGGGCUGACCUGGUGCACCCUGAUGCCCAGGAGAUCCUGGACACGCUGGAAGACAACCGGGAAUGGUAUCAGAGCAUGAUCCCACGCAGCCCCUCCCCACCGCCCGAGGGACCCAGAGCGUCCCCUGCCAACGCCGACAAGUUCCAGUUUGAGCUGACGCUGGAGGAGGAGGAGGAGGCUGAGUCGGACACGGAGCUGGAGGGGGCCGAGAGCCCCUUGGAUGAGGACAACAGCGGCUCCAAGACGCCUGCCACAGACGACUCGGAGCUGGCUGACACUGAGCAUUUGUCACCUGGUCCCCAGGACAGGGACUUGCCUGCCACCCGCCCCGGGGAUGUGGACAACCGACAGGCGCUGGAGGGGACGCUGACCAAGGACGGCGGCGGGCGCUUGGUGCCGGGGCCUGAGGGCAGCCAGGGGCUGUGCCUGGACACAGAGGGCAAUGUCACAUUCCUGCCCCUGGGCACGUAGCGGCACCAGCUGGUGGGUCCCCUGGCUGCCACGGGGAUGUGGGACUGGGCACUGCCCCAGUAAGGACUGGGAGCAGUGGAGAGCUGGCAGUGGAAAGCAUGGACAGCACAGGGACUAGGGCAGCUGCUGGGGCACAGGGGGACCCAAAGCAUGGCCCUGCGUGAGAGCUGGGCAGGAUGGGCGCAAGGAUGCUGCUUGCCCUCUCCCAGUGACCAUCCUCUGCUCCCACCCAGUCCCUGUGUACAGCUGCUGGGAGAGGUCCU